AUGAUCUCUGGGAUCCUCGAGGCGUUUGCAGCUAGCUCUUUUAGAUUCAACGAAGAGUAUUCCUCGGACUCGAAACACGACUUCCGCAAACCUACUGCUAAGGUGGUGACCGCUCAGCUAUACACAGCAUCGCUAUUGGGCCUAUUUGCGCUUCUGUCAUUCUCAAUCCUUCUCAAGAAACUCCCCAGGCUGUAUGCCAGUCGAAAGUACAAGGAUGAGGGCAGCCUAAGGUUGCCCUCAUGGAACGAAGGCACGCUGUUUGGAUGGCUCUCUGUGGUUUACAGGAUUAGAGACCAGCAGAUACUGGAAUACGCUGGUUUGGACGCGUUUGUCUUCCUUGGAUUCUUCAAGAUGUGCAUCAAGCUUCUCUCUAUCUGCAGCGUCUUCUCAAUCUGCAUUAUCUCACCGAUAAGGUACCAUUACACUGGCAAGUACGAUGAUGGCAACGAAGACGGGGCUGAAAGUGCUCUGGUGAAACUUGUGAUAAGAGCUCUGGACUCGAGCGAGGAAAGCUCUCCGCCAGAGGCCGCCCGGAGUUACUUGUGGAUGUAUGUCCUGUUCACCUACUUCUUCACGUUUCUGACCAUUCAUUUACUGAUCUCUCAAACACGGUUGGUCGUGAAUACCAGACAAGCUUUCUUGGGCAAGCAGAACACGCUCACGGAUAGAACCAUAAGGCUCACGGGUAUCCCUAUUGAGCUGCGGGAGAAGGAAGCUCUCAAGAAGAAGAUCGAAGAGCUGCAGAUUGGGAAAGUUUCCUCGAUUACGAUAUGUCGGGAGUGGGGGCCUUUAAACAGACUUUAUAGGUUUCGUGAGAAAGUCAUUCGCCAGCUGGAACUGAAAUACUUGGAUUGUCCUCCAGAUCGCAGGGACCGUGAAUUUUACACUGAGAAUUAUCGACUGAGAGGAGGCGCAAAUAGUCCGACGGAGUCACAUACAGAUGCUGGUGUCGCUCAGCAGUCAGGUAGUCCCGAAAGCAAUGCAUUUUAUUCUGAAGGGCAAUUGGGAGAUAGACCAAAGAUGAGGACAGGCGCAUUUGGACUUUUCGGGCCGAAAGUUGACGCUAUAGAGCAUUUAGAGCAGCAACUGAAGUUUCUUGACCAGGAGAUAAUGGAAGCCCGCAAGAAGCACUAUUCAGCAACUCCAACGGCGUUUGUUACCAUGGAUUCGGUGGCGAACGCACAGAUGGCGGCGCAAGCAGUCCUAGACCAUAGAGUCAACUACUUUAUUACCAAAUUGGCGCCAGCUCCGCACGACAUCAAAUGGGAAAAUGUAUGCUUAUCAAGAAAAGAAAGAUUAAGCAAAGUUUACUCGAUUACUGUCUUCAUUGGGCUGUCAAGCCUGUUCCUCAUUAUUCCUGUAUCAUAUUUGGCAACGUUGCUAAAUCUAAAGACAAUAUCGAGAUUUUGGCCCGGGUUAGGGAAGCUAUUGAAGCAGAACAAGUGGGCUCAGAAUAUUGUCACAGGCUUAUUGCCGACAUAUCUGUUUACGCUUUUGAACUUUGGAAUUCCUUACUUCUACGAGUAUUUGACAUCAUGCCAGGGGCUUGUCUCUUACAGUGAAGAGGAAGUGUCCCUAGUGUCGAAGAAUUUCUUCUAUAUUUUCGUCAACCUCUUUUUGGUUUUCACUUUGGCCGGUACUGCCUCCAACUACUGGGGGUACCUCAGCGAUACGACGAAAAUUGCUUACCAAUUGGCAACGUCUGUCAAAGAAUUCUCACUUUUCUACGUGGAUUUGAUCAUACUACAAGGUAUUGGAAUGUUCCCAUUUAAGCUUCUACUGGUUGGUAGCAUGAUCGGCUUUCCACUUGUCAAGAGAAAGUCCAAGACCCCAAGGCAAAGGAAAGAUCUUUACAGCCCUCCGAUUUUUAACUUUGGGCUUCAAUUACCUCAACCAAUAUUGAUCCUAAUUAUCACACUGGUUUACAGCGUACUGAGUACAAAAAUUCUGGUUUCAGGGCUGGCGUAUUUUCUCAUCGGAUUCUACGUCUACAAAUAUCAACUGGUAUUUGCGACCGACCACCUUCCGCAUUCAACUGGCCAGGUCUGGCCGCUGAUAUACAGGAGAGUAAUUGUGGGUUUGCUAUUUUUUCAAUUGACUAUGGCAGGUACUUUGGCAGGUUUUGAAGGAGGGUGGGUUCUCUCAUCCUGGUUAUUUCCACUUCCGGUGAUAACACUCAGCUUUUUGUGGGACUUUCAAAAGAACUACAUGCCUCUGGCCAGAUACAUCGCCCUAAGUUCGAUACGUGAAAAUGAAAGGCACAACUCUAUGGUCUCGAUCUCGGUAGAUUCUGAGACCUACGAAUAUCCAUAUUUGAUAAAUGAGUUGGAAGGUCCCAUCCUGGAGUGA